AUGUCCAACAUACAGCAACUUAAAGCAAUGUUUCCACAUGAAAUCACCAUUACGUAUUUGUCUGGAAAUCCUGGUUGUGGUAAAAGUGAGCUUGCGAGGCAGAUUGGAAAGAAAUAUUUUGAAGAUGUUGAGGAAUCAGCCAAGUGCGUAUCGACGCUGAACGUAUCUAAUCUUGAAAGCUUAACUCUAUCAUAUAUCGAUCUGGCAAGAAAGCUUGGAUGCAGCGAAGAAUCCAUAGCAUCAAUCAAUACCAUCACCUCUCAAGAACACAAACUCGCUCAACUACGAGGAAAUGUCUCCAUACAACUGCACAGCUACUCCUCUUGGCUGAUGAUUGUAGACAAUGUGGAAGAUAUUCAGCUAGUCUCAAGGUUUCUCCCUCAUGCAGGCGAAAAUCUGCAACACAGUAAAGGCCAUAUCCUAAUAACAACGCAAGACAGCCCGUCAAUACCAUUGCGUGAUCCACAUGCACAUCAUAUGCCCUUAAGCCGUGGUAUGGWACUCGAGGACGCAGUGGAAUCAUUGCGUGAAAUUUCUGGAUGUUCUGACAAAGAAGAAACUAUGAAUGCCGUUGCUAAGCAGCUUGAUUUCCAGCCUUUAGCUCUCGCUUGUGCAGCAGUAUACAUGCAAGAAGUUAGCAUUGCAGAUCCUACCAUGACAUGGGAAAAAUACCUUCAGCACAUCCAAAAAAGCAAUAUUGAAUCAACUGAAAGAAUGUAUGAGGAAAUCAACAACUCGUAUAGAAAGUCGAUGACAACAGCUGUAAAGAUGGCAGUCCAAAACUUCAUAGAGAAAAGUCCAGUAAUGCUCCAUGCUUUUGAAUUUAUGGCUGCACUGGCUCCAGAGUUUGUAUCGCUACAUCAUGUUGUACAUUAUGUCAUGACGUGCUUGCCUGCAGAAAACGAAAAAUACGUAGCAGUAACGAUAAUGAAGUCGUCACUCGUUCUUACGUUUGAAGAUAAAGUUGAACCAAUGAUUCGCGUCCAUCAAGUUGUAUUUAACGUUCUUCAAUCAGUAGUCCAAGAAUUACACAGCGAAGAAGAAGAUGAAUUGUCGUAUCUAACAAAAGUGAUUGAAGUGUUUUCAUAUCUUGACAAAAAAGAUAAAAACAGCAUUGAUUACAUCAAAUCUACUGGCAAACUUGUUGUGCACGUGGUAAGUUUGUCUUACAAAUUAAAAAUGUUUUUCGAGCGACGCGAAAUUUUGCUUUCGACAGAAAAGGACAAGUAUGGAGUACGCUACCAAUUAAACAGAACGAGUACGAGUCAAUAUCUACAAGUAAUGACACUAUUGAAGAAUCGUCUGURUGAMGUUUUGAGAGAACAGCAAAAGUAUGAUAUAUGUAGAAGUAUGCUAGAAAUAUGCAUGUCACUUACAAUUACAAAAUCUGACACUACGAAGAACGAGGUCGACACGAAAACUUCAGACGAGCACAUGUACAAUGCAAACAACAUUAAAGAACAACAAUGGUUCUUUAACGUUUUAGGAAUCACACUACAAAACCUUGGUGAAUACCGUGAAGCAAAGGAGUGUUAUGAAAAAUCUCUAGAAAUGGCCAGGAUGGCCUACGGAAACACUCACACUGAAGUGGCUACAAUUUUAAGUAAUCUAGGAUUAGCAUUGAAUGAUCUUGGAAGUUACAAACAAGCAAAGGAGUAUCACGAAAAAGCACUUGCCAUAAGAAAAAGCACGUACGGAGACAAUCACCCUUCAGUGGCUACAAGUUUAAGUAAUCUAGGAUCAGCAUUGAGUAAUCUUGGAAGUUACAAAGAAGCAAAGGAGUAUCACGAAAAAGCACUUGCCAUCUACAAAAGCACGUACGGAGACAAUCACCCUCAUGUGGCUACAAGUUUAAACAAGAAGUUAAAAUCGGUUAAUUCCAACAUAGACAAGACAUAUGUAUUGGAGACUGCAGUAAUGUUUUGA